AAUUUAAUUUUUGGCCUGAUCAAGGAGCAUCAUCGAUUCGGUUGUAGUCCACGUACAGGUUUCUGUCCAUGUUCUACUAAAAAUCGUCUAUGCCUAAAUUGUGGUCGAAUUGAACCACGUGAAUGUGAGUGUCCAUGUCAAUGCCCUAUUGAAUUGGAUCAGAAUUAUUGGGUGAAUAAUCCAAUUCAAGAGCAGAAUGAAGAUAUCUACGCGUAUCAAACAGUUUUAAAAACCUCUAAUCUCAAUCAUACUGUUUAUUCAGUUGAGAAGAAGAAGUUAGGAUUUACUAAGAAACAUGCAAAUAAAACUGGUAGUCUGUUGGAUGAAAGUCAACCUGAAACUUCAGCGUUUAAAACAAUAUAUUCUUAUCCUCCAUGUUUACAAACCUUGGAAAUGGAACCUGUGAGUGCUGUAUCGUUUCAUUUUGAUCCGUAUAUCUUUACUACUUCAUCAGUGUCUUCAUUUCAUAAAAUCAAUGAGGUGCCACCAUGUCCUAUGAAUAAUGAACACUUUAUGUCUAAUGAACAUAUUAUAUCUGAUCAAAAUCAAUUAGAUCAUCAACGACAUCAACAACAACAUGAAUCUAUUGAGGAAGUUAAUCCUGAACACACUGAUCAUGCAUAUAUCAAUCGACAGAUCAAUUAUGGUGCAAAUAAUAAUAAUUAUCAUAACCCACAUGCUAAUGAUGAACAGCCUUUAUCGCGUUGUUCACAGCGUUCACGUUUAACGUGUUCAUCAACUGUUGGUUGUGAAUGGUGCAUGAUGACACUGAAUAAUGAACAGCUGUUGGAGCAUCCAUUUUGUGCUCCAAUCUCAGUUUGUUUCAAUGGAGUAGUCGGUGUGAAUACGCCAAAUUCAAAUUAUGGUCCAUAUGAAAGUGAUUUUUCAUCACUUGAUAAUAAUGUGAAUAAUCUUAAUAGUUAUACCUAUGCUAUUCGAAGUCGUCAGGAAUCUUUAGAGUUGAAAAAAUUCUCUGAAUUUCAAAGCAAAAUGUCAUCUUUAUCCAAAUCUCAGAUGUUAGAAGAUAGUUCAACUGUUCAUGAUGGAAGAGUAUUACCAGCUUCUCUACCGAUUUUGCGUACUCAGUCAUCAUCAGUAGCAGAAACUUCACAUUCAAUGUCCAAUAGUCCAAUCAGUGUAUACAAUCGAAAGGUGUCACAUGAUUUACUAGCAUUAUUUUCAAGACAUUCGGAGAAAAUGUCUAGUCGAAAAAUUAUUUCAGCUGAUUUUUAUCCAGAUUUGUAUAAUUCGUUGAAAUUGUUAUCUUCAUCUAACAAUAAUAAUAAUAAUGGUAUUGAUGAGAAUGAUGAAUUUAUCCGCCAAUAUCCACAUUCAUUCAUUAUAACAAAUCCUGUCGGUUCAGUGAUUGGUGGAGUAUUAGUUACAUUUAUUAUUUUUCUGCUGAUCAUUUAUACUAUUAAAUAUCGUCGACGUCUACGUGAACGUUUCAUGCCGAAUUGUUUAAACACGGGGAAUCGUGUAGUGAAUGUUUUGCCGCCAAUGGAGAGUGAAGCUGAGGCGGUUAGUUUAAAUACUUCAUCGGUUAAUUCACAUUGUGAUAAGUAUUCAUCAAAUAAUCAACAAAACUCAGAUCCUACCGAUCAAUGUCCACGUUUCAAUCAUCAUUUAGACAGCAAUAAUAAUCAAUCUCAACCACCACCACCUCCGCCCCCAGCACCUGCUUUAGUUUGUAUUUCCAAUGAAUCAGUUGAUGAUGGAGAUAAUGACGAAGAAGGAACAACCUGUGUAAAUUCCUCCGAUGAACAACCUUCAUCAACUGGUAUUGGUCCAAGUGAUACAGAGAGUACAAGUCAGGUUUAUGAAAAUCAACAAUUAGGUAACAGUGCUAAUCAAUCUUCUGUUAUUGCCGCUGUUGCUUCUUCUUCUAGUACCACUACUACUAAUAAUACUACUACUGACAAUAUCGAAAUGAGUAGUAUAAAUAAAUAUCCCGAAUCAACAAUACUAUCACCAUAUUGGAUUGUAGAGAAUUGUUUACAAAAGGUUAAAUAUUUAAUGAAUACUUAUGAAAUGCAUACUAUGAACCAUCAAACAAUGUUCGGUAGUGAACUUUCAAAACUACACAGUGAACUGUUACUCUCAAAGGAUAGACUGUGUGCUACGAAUUGUGCAAUCCCACCAAAUCCAUAUCAUACAAAUUCACUAACUAAUAAUACUUCAACAGUUCAGGUUGGUAGUGGUGGGGGUGGUGGUGGUGAUCGAUUAUCGACAACACAGUUGACACCCGGUGGAUAUUGUAAUAUAAUACUAUCAUCACAGCACACUGAAUCGCUACCGUACGAUCAACCGAGUGAAUUUGGAGAUUCUGCUGUCGGUAGUGAUUGUGCUACAGCUCCAUCCUGUGCAUCUUCAUCAUCCUCGUCGAAUAUGAAACAUGUUUGUUCUAAAACGAAAAACACCCUUGAAAAUGACUGUUGUCUACAUGAACAAUACCACCACCAUCAACAACAACAACAGCAAGGAAAAUCGCAACAUCAUCGUAUUGGUGCCAGUGGAAAAGUCUAUAUCGAUUCCGUUGUGCAUGGAACAGAUAGGCUUAUAAAAUAAGCAACAGUUGAUGUUUCGGAACAUCGGGGGAUCUGCUUCUUUUGUGCAUUUAUUUACCUUCAUAAAUGAAGCAGUUGCCAUCACCCUUACUACUAGUAGUAGUACUUAUUUUAUUCCUCAUCAGUAGUAUAUUUACAGUUCCAGUGCAAUUAAUAUAAUAUUCAUUAUUUAAUCUUGACAUACAUAUUUUUUUAUUAGUAUGUAUAUUUCAGCAUUAUUAUUAUGCAUUUAUGUUUCAAUAACCGGUAACUGUUUUUA